AUGGCGGGCGCGGACGAACAAGACAAUGAGACAACUUAUCAGACUCCAAACAAAGCAUCAGACUCCCGCGAACCAGGCGCUACGCACCAACGACCAGGACUGAAUCGCCAUGACUCGCGACUAUCGGCCAUCUUUGUUUCGAAAGGAUCCGGCAUCGGUGAAGCAAAAGCCUCCUCUCCACCACAAAAGGUCGGGACCUCUUUGCCAAAAUUGACGAGGUAUCAGAGGAUUCAGCCGACCGCAGUCAAGAGCAAAGAGAACCAAGGCAUUCGAAACCCUGCUGGUAGUGAAAAGCCCACUAAGACGAAGUCGCGAAUGUUGAACGCCCUCAAAAAGCUCGAAGACACAUACGAAUACUCAUCCAUUGGGUCUAAGCAGGUCCGCUUACUUAUCGUCAAGCCAGGACAAGAAGACGACGACAUCAACGCAAUCCUACAGGUCGUUGAUGAAGAUCAACUUGGGAACGAUGAUUACUGCUACGAAGCUCUUUCGUAUCACUGGGGCGAAGGCGAGGACUUGCACAGCAUCAUCAUCAACGACGAAUGGGCCACGGAGCCCAUAAAGGAUUUCACGGCCGCGGUGCUCAGUGCUCAGAAGAAGCUUUAUGCGAAGCGUCAUUAUGUGCGACCAAAUCUGUAUAGUGCUCUGAAACGGCUGAGAGCACAGGAUAGGCAUGUGGCGUUGUGGGUAGAUGCACUCUGCAUCAACCAGGAAAACGAUGCUGAGAAGACGGUUCAGGUCAUGAAGAUGAAUCAGAUAUACCAAAAAGCAUACAGCGUCUGUAUCUGGUUAGGUCUGGACGAUCCGGACUUCCAUUCGAGUAAAGCGAUGACUUUCAUCAAAGAUGUGGUCGACCUGAACAAGCUGAACAAUCUCCUCACAGACGAUCGUUACAUCCCGCAAUGGGCGAGUCUGUUCCAAUUGCUCAAGUGGAGCUGGUUCUCGCGACGUUGGGUCAUCCAGGAACUAGCACUAGCUCAGCAGGCUACCGUUCACUGCGGUCAGUCUGAAGUUCAUUGGAACGAUUUCAGGGACGCCAUCGGAAUUUUCCACCGCUACUUCAAGUCACUGCAACCAAGGAUACAAAACCCUAGACUCGGCGGUAGUCCGAUAUCUGAUCUAGAACCUCUUGGAGCCAAACUACUUGUGGAGAUGACGAGUAACCUAUUUCGAACCAAAUCGAACGGCGCGUCUGAAUCGACCAUGAGCUUGGAAAAGCUGGUGUGUCAGCUAUCCACCUUCAGUACAUCCGAUCCGCGCGACACUAUCAACUGUUUGCGCAACCUUUCCAAGGAGCUUAAUGCAGUGAAAACGAGGAGCUCAAGCUCACCUGCACGUACACAUAGACAGCCGCCAGAACCUAAUUAUAAGCAAGAUCUCUUCGAAGUCUAUCGCGACUUCGUUGAAUGGGUGGUAGGGGAAUCUAAAUCUCUGGACAUCAUCUGCCGUCAUUGGGCUUUGAAAGAAAAGGAGAAGCUAGACAUUGGCCCCACAGCUGCACCACGGCUUGUAACACUCCCGUCUUGGAUUCUAACUGCAGAAGACGGGUCUUAUGGAGCGGGCGAGGCAGUAUUCAGGGGCCGCAAAGCUGGUGACAGCCUUGUAGGCCUUCCUGGGGAGGCGGUGUACAACGCUUCUGGGCGCAGUACUCCGAUCGUUCAAUUCGGGGAUGGCGAUGCUCGAGAGUGGUCACCAAGUCCCAAGUCUGGUCCACGGCUCUCCGUCUACCCACAAGACGAUUCGUUGACGGUAUCUGGCUAUCUUAUCGGGAGAGUGAAUUGGAGCUCACCUCCGAUACGAUCCGGCCUUAUUCCGCAACGAGGGCUGGAAAAACUGGGGUGGACUUACCGAGAUGCGUCGGCAAAUAAGCCGGCGCCCGAUCAACUCCGCCGUACUUUGGUAGCCGGUCGUGGACCCAACGGCUCAGAUGUACCGACUUAUUACUCUCGAGCUUGCAACUACUGCCUACUUAACGAGACUCCUAACGGCGAUAUCGAUACAACCGACCUGUUGCGCGCAGAUGAAUCUGUAUCACCCCAGAGCAUUGUCAAAGACUACUUGGAGCGUGUCCGAGCGGUGACCUCCAACAGGGUAAUCCUUCAAGGAAGAUCGACUAUUCCAGCCGCCUCGCCACCUUCGCACUCAAUCCCGACAUCGCCAAUCUCACCAAUUUCGGUGAGAACUUCCGAGGACCUCGUAGGGCUCGGCCCGUUGGACACCACAAAGCACGAUGUCAUUGCGAUAUUGUAUGGGUGCAGCGUACCUGUCAUUCUUCGUCCUUCAGGUAGUUAUAAUCGACCACAGGGGUACAGAUUCCUUGGUGAAGCCUACAUCGAUGGUAAAAUGGAUGCGGAGUGCAUGUCGGAAGGGCAUGAGUUGAUGGAAUUUGUGUUGCGCUAA